AUGAACAACGAAGUUGCAAUAGCUCAUAUAUCUUAUCAAGCUAAUCUUACAUACUUGUUUAAGAAACGUGCAAAUUUCAAACGACAAAUAUUAUUAAUGAUUGAAAAACAGGACAAAAUUCUUCAAGAGUUACUGAUGUUGAGUUUGGUACUGUCGGACAGUACAAGAUGUCCAGAUUCAUGGUCUCUGGCAAAAGAAUCACAGUGGUACGAAAGAAUUGCCACUGUUUUCACGGACGAGCAGUGGAAAAGCAAUUUCCGAAUAACCAAAAAUUCCGCAUUUCCGUUGCUGCCUUUUCUGCAGAAGCCGUACAUACAGAGGCACCAAAUGCCAGAGUAUCAAAAACACUUCAACUCUACACUCUCUAGAGCUAGAGUUGUUGUAGAAAAUGCUUUUGGAAGGCUGAAGGCUCGUUUUCGUUGUCUUCAACAAAUGGAUUUUUCCAUCAAAAACACAACGAAGAUUAUACAAGCCUGCUGCAUUCUAAACAACCUCUGUGAACUAAACAGUGAUGAUGUUGACCCAACAUGGAGUGUUCCCCAAGCUCUUCCAAAUCAAGAUACCGAGGAAGGAGACACUGAUGAACAAUCAGUGCGCAUUAGAGAAGCUAUUGCUAAUUUUCUUGCCUCUUAA